CCAAUUUCUCUUCAUAUUCCUUUGUUUUUAAGUCCAAAGGGUAUGGCCUAAUUUAGCUUUAAAGAGGAAUUAGUUGAGAUCACUAGGAGAAAAUUAAGAUGAAAAUCCAGUGUGAUGUGUGUGAGAAAGCUCAAGCUACUGUGAUUUGCUGUGCUGAUGAGGCAGCUUUGUGCACAAAAUGUGAUAUUAAAGUUCAUGCUGCCAACAAAUUUGCUAGUAAACAUCAAAGGCUUCUUCUUCAGUGUCUCUCUAACAAACUUCCUGUUUGUGAUAUUUGCCAAGACAAAACAGCCUUCAUUUUCUGUGUUGAGGAUAGAGCUCUAUUUUGUAAUGUGUGCGACGAGUCAAUCCACUCAGCUUCUAGCAGCUUAUCUGCUAAGCACCAACGCUUACUAGCCACUGGAAUUCGGUUAGGUUUGAGCUCAAGCUACUAUAAUGAUGCCAUAAAAAGCCAAAUGGAGCGACAACCUCCCAAGCAGAGUUCUCAGCAGCUUUCCAUUGAAACAACUUCUCAGCAUUUGCCAAAUAUUGCAUUACCAUCUUUGGCUGUUGAUGGCUUACUAGGUUUUUCAGAACGCGAGUCCAAUCACAAGAAGGAGCAACUUGAACUCGACGAACUUAAGUGGUUGAAAGACAUUGGUCUGUUUGGUGAACAACCGGCAGCUGCAGUACCUGACAUGUCAAUAUCUCAAUCAAGAAACGUCGACAUGCCUAAUAAAAAGCCCAGAGUAGAAAUCCCAUAUCACAAUGAGUACUAUUUUACAGUCCCGAAUCUUGGUUGAACUCCAAUGUCAACAAGUUAGUAUAUGUUACAAGUUACAACAUGUUAGCAUUGGUUUCAUUAUGGAGUAUUUGUGAAAAUAUAUGUAAUUGUGCAUGCAUGUAUUAAAUAAUUAGUGACCUCAUGAUCAGUGGCGAAGCCAAAACUUUUACUAAAAGUGUUCAAAACUUCAUAUUAUGUAUAAAACUAAUAUUUGACCUA